CUGGGCGGCCGCCGCGCAUGCGCUGCAGGGGAGCUGCUGCCGCGGCGGACUACAGCUCCCAUCGCUCGCCGCGGGCGGGCAGUAGCCGGUGCCGCGUUUGCCCCGGUUCCCGCCCCCACCCCAAGCCAUGGACACGGAGGUGGACGUCGGCUCUGUGGUCUCAGGGCUGUUGGGCGGCGACGGGGUCGGCGGCGACGGGGUCGGCGCUGGCCCGGCCGAUGAGGAUCAGGAGAUGGAGGGGGCCCCCAGCUGCUCGGGGUCGCGCUCCCUCCCCUUCGAGUUCGAGCGGAGCCGCUCGGACUCCAGCGGCGACGAGGACGACGACGAAGACGACGAGGAAGAGGAGCUGGAGGAAGAGGAGCUGGAGGGCGGGGCCGGGCCUCCCUUCGGGACGGACGACGGGGAGCUCGACUCGGACGACGACCGGGAGCGCAUGAUAAACCUCUCCGAGUUGACCCCUUACAUCCUGUGUUCCAUCUGCAAAGGUUACUUUAUUGAUGCUACAACCAUUACAGAGUGUCUGCAUACCUUCUGUAAAAGCUGCAUAGUGAGACACUUCUACUAUAGCAACAGAUGUCCAAAAUGCAAUAUUGUUGUACAUCAGACACAGCCCCUUUAUAAUAUCAGGCUGGACCGGCAAUUGCAAGACAUAGUAUAUAAAUUAGUUGUCAAUUUGGAGGAAAGAGAGAAAAAACAAAUGCAUGACUUCUAUAAAGAAAGAGGAUUAGAAGUUCCCAAACCAGCUAUCCCCCAGCCAGUUCCAGUGAGCAGAGGAAGACCUCGAAAAGUUCUGGGCUCCGUGUUCCGGAUCCCACCAGAACUUGAUAUCUCGAUACUUCUGGAGUUCAUUGGAGCUAACGAAGGCACAGGGAAUUUUAAGCCUUUGGAAAAGAAGUUUGUGCGUGUUUCAGGGGAGGCAACCAUUGGACAUGUGGAGAAAUUUCUCAGAAGAAAAAUGGAUCUGGAUCCUGCUUGUCAGGUAGACAUCAUUUGUGGUGACCAUUUGUUAGAACACUACCAGACACUGAGGGAAAUUCGUCGAGCCAUAGGAGAGAGUGCGAUACAGGAUGGUUUACUUGUACUGCACUAUGGCCUUGUGGUAGCUCCGCUACCAGUAACUUAAAGAUUGCUAGAAUAUCAGAUGGUGAAACAAUCCAAAGUCAUCAAGCUUCAUCAGUGCUGUCUCUCACCAAAGAAGGCCAUCUUAUUUCCGGUAACAGGAAGCAAGUAAAACAAACCACCGCCAACUGCUGUAUACUUGCAAUUUAACACCUGACUUUACCACUGUAAAAAUUACAGCUUCUGUAAGUACAGCUAUAGAUGUUGCUACGCUUAGUGUUACAAAUGACUGUCUCCAAAUUUCACUCAGCUCAGGGAACUUAAAUGCUCAGACUUGCUGUAUUUUUUUUUUUAAUACUCUGUAAAGCCCCAAGAUCUCACAGCGUUAAUUGCCUUUUUCCUCUAAGCUAUGAGAUAUUGCAUACUUUUGAAGUGUCUAGCUGGAACGGUGCUCUCAGGGAUGAUCCUCAGUCAGCAGUAUAGUGUAUUCUGGGGAAGAGACAGUCAUUUCCCUAAAAAGAGUGUUCUGUGAUUGUCUGUCUUCAGAAGUGAUUUGGGGAAAAGAGGGGAAUUUUCCAAAUUCAGACCAAAAUAGGUAGAAAAUGACGAAUCACAAGCAUUGUUUUUUCAGAAGUAGCAUUAAAUUUAAUUGUUUUUCUUCAAGAAAGACAAUUGUGUUUGCACUGGAAAUAUAUUUGGUGGUAGUUUGACUUAUACCAAAUGGUGGAUCAUGCAUCUGUAGUCUUAAUGGAGAUGAGCCAGCUGGUUAAACUAUGCAUGUUUUUUUAAAAAAAAAAAAAAAAAAGAAAAAAGUAGUGCUUCUUUGUACCUGCUUGCUCUACGUAAAAUCGCUAUCAGCCUGAUUCUGCUGUCAUGUAAAAUCCAUCAACUGAUUUGACAGGCAAGAGAACAGAUCCUCUUUCAUUUCAGCACGUCUUUCUAGCAGCAGUGAAAAUGGUAGCUCUUGCAGUCUUUCUAAAGUGUAUUAGUGCAUUGUAGUAGAGACCAUGGUUGAGGAUGUUGAGCAACAUAAUGUGCACCUAUUACUCUCAGAUUCACAAGAAGAUAUUAGGUAACUUUAGUUUUAACAUAUUAAAAUACUAAAUUUUAUGACAGCUGUAAUAUUUCAAAAUUCUGCUCUGUCCAAGACUCUCAUAGUUUCUUGCACAGGAUUAAGAACCAGAGCUUUGUAUGUUGUGGUCUUCAUGCACACCAGGUCAUAAAUGUGGGGAUUCAUGAAAGCUGCCUUAAGGCAUGGGAGACGAGGCUCCCUCUGUAGUUGGCGAAGGGGAAGGUUCCUCCGUAAGGCAUUUCAGAGCACCUAAUUUAACUCGCAUGCACUUGCUCACUGUCAUAUUCGCUGCUAUGCAGUCAGUCUAGGGGGAGACCAGAAUCCUCUGUCAAAAGAAAGUUUUAGUGAAUCCUUCCUCAGGUCUUUGCAAUAAAUAUUUGGUUUUGCCUGCAAAGAUGACACCAUAAGAAAAAAGAGGUGUUUAUUUGAAGUAAUUUUUGUGAUGCUUCUAAAAAAGAAAACAAAACAAAAACAUUUGUAACCACAAUAUACUAUUUUACUUUCAAAGUUUGUAUAAAAGUAGUGUUUAAAAUGCAGCAGAAAAUGAGAUUAUUUUGUAAACACUUUGUGAGUUGUGUUGAUAAGAGAAUAUAUAUUGUAACAGUAAAAUAAAGUUUAUUUUAGCUGAUUUCAAA